AUGCCCGCCGCCUCCCGUACUCCCCGGCCGGGCAAGGCCCGGGGCGGUCGCAUCGGUCACCUGGAGUUCCGGCCGGGAGUUCGGGCAACGGCUCCCGCGGCGUCGGUGGCGGCUGCUGCGUGUUGGUCCCCGUUGGUAAGUAACAGUCUCCACGGCUACAGUCUCUAUGGCGGCGGCGGUGGCGGCGGCUGCCGCUCCUCCUCCAGCUCCCGGCGCCCGCCCGCCUCUCGCCUCCUGCCCGCCUGCAGCGACGGGGCGGGGCGUUGUUGUCGGCAACGGUUACCAGGCUCCACGCCCCACCCCCUCAACGGCCCACCUCCAACGGGCGCGAUGAGGGCGGGGCGCAAGACUCUGAAGCUCCCUAUUGGCUGCCCUCAGUGCCUGUCAGAGGGGGCGUUCCCCAGCGAGGAAGAGGGCGAGGCUCGACCAAUCGCCCCGAAGGAGGGCGGGGCUUGGAGGGAGGCGGGCGCCGCUGGGAGGGCCCAGGACAGCGCUGUGAAGAAUGGUCUCUGCGGACCUGGAAGGGCUGAAACCCCAAUGACUCGAGAAGAGAAGGUCGAGGACCUUAAAGCAGACAUAGGCCAAGAACGAGUUACUCCUGGGCCAUGGACCAUUCACCAAGAUGGAGAAGUCCUUAUGAGGCUUUCAAAACACGGGCCAGGCCAUGAGACCCCCACGACCAUCCCUGAAUUUUUUCGGGAGUCAGUCAACCGAUUUGGGACUUAUCCAGCCCUCGCAUCAAACAAGAAUGGAAAGUGGGAAGUUCUGAAUUACAACCAGUACUACGAGGCUUGUCGAAAAGCUGCAAGAGCCUUACUCAAGCUGGGCUUGGAGCCUUUCCACUCAGUCGGCAUCCUUGGGUUUAAUGUCGAGUGGCUCCUUGCAGCUCUUGGCGCCAUCUUCGCAGGGGGCUUCUGUGUUGGUUAUGCCACCAACUCUGCGGAAGCCUGUCAAUAUGUCAUUGCUCACGCCAAAGUGAACAUCCUGCUGGUGGAAAAUGACCUACAGCUGCAGAAAAUCCUUUCGAUUCCAAAGACCAAGAUGGAGACCCUAAAAGCAAUCGUUCAGUACAGGCUGCCAGCGAAGGAGAGCAAAUGUAACAACCUGUACUCUUGGGAUGAUUUCAUGGAGCUCGGCAAUAGCAUCCCCGAGUCCCAGCUGGACCAGAUCAUAAAGAGUCAGAAGGCCAAUCAGUGUGCUGUGAUCAUCUACACUUCUGGGACCAUAAGCUCUCCCAAGGGGGUGAUGCUUAGCCAUGACAACAUCAUGUGGACGGCGGGGUCGGUGGCAAGGGACUUCAGUCUGGCUUAUGCUCCUGAGAAGCAGGAGGUGGUGGUCAGCUACGUUCCUCUCAGCCACAUCGCAGCUCAGAUGAUGGAUGUCUGGAUACCCAUGAAGGUCGGGGCUUUCAUCUACUUUGCUCAACCAGAUGCACUCGAGGGCACUUUGGUCAACACUCUGCAGGAGGUAAAGCCUACCGCCUUCCUGGGGGUGCCCCGAAUUUGGGAAAAGAUGCAUGAGAAGAUAAAGGAAACUGUUGGCAAAUCUUCAAGCUUGAGGAGAAAGGUGUUUUCAUGGGCAAGAAAUAUUGGCUUCAAGGUCAACUCAAAAAGGAUGCGAGGGGGACAUGACACUCCCAUGAGCUACCACAUGGCAAAGGCCCUUGUGUUCACCAAAAUCAAGAAUUCCCUUGGCCUGGAUCGCUGCUGCAUUUUUAUCAGCGGGGCCGCACCACUCAACCAAGAGACUGCUGAGCUCUUUCUAAGUCUGGACGUACCUAUAGGUGAGGUGUACGGUAUGAGUGAAAGCUCAGGACCCCAUUCCACGUCCAGCCCAAAGAACUACCGGAUUCUAAGUUCCGGCGAAGUCAUGACUGGGUGUAAGAACAUGCUAUACCAGCAGACCAAGGAUGGCGUUGGGGAAAUCUGCCUCUGGGGCCGGCACGUCUUCAUAGGCUACCUGGAGAGGGAGGACGCGACUGUGGAGGCCAUCGAUGAGGAGGGCUGGCUCCACUCUGGGGACCUCGGCUGCAUGGACAACCACGGCUUCCUCUUUAUCACAGGCCGCAUCAAAGAAAUUAUCAUCACUGCUGGCGGCGAGAAUGUGGCCCCCAUUCCCAUCGAGAACCUGGUUAAGAAGAAGAUUCCCAUCAUCAGUAACGCCAUGUUAGUGGGGGAUAAGGCCAAGUUUCUGGGUGUCCUCCUGACCCUGAAGUGUGAGGUCGACAAGACGACCGGAGAGCCGCUGGACACACUGACCUGGGAGGCCAUCAGGUUCUGCCGGGAUGCAGGCAGCCAGGCGUCCACCGUGUCCGAGAUCUUGGAGCUGCGAGACCCCUUAGUCUACACGGCCAUCCAGAAAGGCAUAAAUGCCGCGAAUCAGUGUGCCAUCUCCAACGCGCAGAAGAUUCAGAAGUGGGUCAUCUUGGAGAAGGACUUUUCCAUCAGUGGUGGGGAGCUAGGUCCAACGACAAAGAUUAAAAGACAUUUCAUAAUCCAGAAAUACAAAAAGCAAAUCGACAACUUCUAUCAGUGA